AAGCAUUACUUGGUUAACGGUACAGUCGCUAGGUAGUUCUGAAUCAAUUUGUGAAGCAUCGUGAUGGCGAGCACGAUGAUACGGAGAGAUGCUGCCAAGAUGGUUCAAGACAUUGUGAGUGACGUUGAAGUAUUCCUGGACAUAAGGCGUGGACGAAAGGAGGCUGAGGAUUGCUUGUAUACGCAUCCCUCGGAGGUGCAGCGUGGUCUAGUGUGGUAGCCCAGAAUAACACGUUGCAACCAUCAAUACUCCAAAUAAAUCCUAAAGUGACGCUCUGCGGCCUCCACUGACUGCCUUACGUACAAGUGACGACGUUUUCUGAAACCAGUUCAAGAACUUCCUGGACCGCCGACGUCGAACAAUGUCCAAUAGUAACGAUAUCGAACUUGAAGACUUUUCUAGCAAAAGACCGCAGUCGAAGGACGAAGCUAACCCAGGCCCACAGUCAGUUGAUGAAAGCAUUGUCACUCAAGACGGGACAAUAGGUCUUUGGGCGUGGACUUCAGCGGCCUUUUUUUUUGCGUUUUCUACAAGCUUGACACUGUUCCCGAGGUUCCUGCUCUUUAUGGCGGAACCAUCAGGAGGACGAAGUGUACUCUCACCCCUUGAAUCCUUCCUCGCGGUACAACUAGGCAUUGUGAUGGGCGCAGUCGCACUCACUCUGGUAGUAACGAUUCCAAAUGCUUCGCCUAUCGACUUUCAGCAGGAUGAGCAUGUGAGCUCCCAUCCACUCCUCGUGCCCGUCACUUUUACCUCUGCUUUACUGGCAUUACUUUCUUACAAUAAAAGCGGUGUCGGCUCUCUUGGCAACUUCAUAUUUCUAGGGUCGUCUUUCGUCGGUUUAUUCGGACUCUGGGUGCUUCUUUUUGCGGGGACAUCUGCGAUCUCAAAGAAGACUGGAGCUGACAAGCGCACCUCCGCAUUCAUAUUCGGGAACAAACACGCGGCUUCCGUCCGCAAGAAAGAGUGGAGUAAGCAGCGGGCGAGGGACAAGACCUCUUAGGAGUCAAGUGACGUGCACUGCCAAUGGCACGACCCUUGAUUUAUAUAGAACAAACCUGCACUAUAUUAAUAGCCAUCCUGAUCAUGGGCACGGUUA